AUGCCGGCAUCGUCAGCCACAGAGCCAAUGGCACUCUCUAUGACUGCUCGCAUGGCAGAUCUUUCUACGGGCCCCACAAGACAGAUUCCAAGUGCUGCACAGAGAUAUUAUGCACAACCACGGAUAGGUAAUCUUGGUGGCUCGGUAACCCCCUCCCCCACGCAUAAGACAAAGGCCGAGCUUGAAUUGGGAGAUGCAUUGGCCAAAGGAAGACCACUGCUCGAAGCCGAGGACGAGAAGGUGAAUGAAGGCAACGGAGAAAGCGUGCCCAAGAAAGCGUCAAGAAAGAGGAAGAGACGCAGACCCAUGUCGCUGUCACCGAGCCGACAUUCACCUCGCCUGAUCAAGCAAAGAACCGCCGCAUUGCAGAGAAUGCUUCGAGAACAUCUUGCUGGCAGUGUUCCACCGACAACCCUGAAACGUGCUAAGAUGCCGAGACGACGGAGUGUCGACUCGAUAUCAGACACUCUUCCCGCCUUGUCAGAGGAUCCAGCCAGCUACAACAGCAACACCGAGGAUUGUCGAUUUCACCUUCCAAGCACUGCUGAGGAACGACUCGCCAUCCGUGCCGCACUUACGCCAACCUUGUUCCGCUUGAAAAAGAAGGGCUGGGACGCGGAUGUGGUGUGGAGCCCAGACGCGUCAUACAUGGAGGCACACCAACGAUGCCUGCAAGAAUACUACAAAUUCGAGUUGGCCAGGAAACCAGACCUAUCACCCUUUGACCUGCCUGCAGUACUUACGUUGUUGCCUUGGACCGGCAAAAUCAGUGGUUUCAGGAGCAGCCCAAAUUGGCCACAGGGGUGGUGA